AUGAAGAUCUCUCUCGACGAAGGCUUUGUGCUCGAUGCCAAGGCGGAUGAUUAUAAGGAUCAGGUCCUUGACGCCGGUCGCCGUGCUGAAAAUGCCACACUUGAGUACUUAAAGUCGAAAGAUAUUAAGGCCAAGGGUGCCGGUAGUGUCUUGCGUGAGCUGCGACCUCUACAUAAAUGGGGGGGGGUCGACAAACGAAUCGCUGCCUAUAAACAACUUCUCGCAAUUGGACGGAUUCAAGACCCAGCUCCUGCAGAAACCCAGGACAUGUUAGCUUUAGCUGGACAACCGUGA